AUGUCUGGCACUAAUCACCUCCGUCAGGUGGUUCCCGCAGCCGUUUACAACCCAAUACCUCCUGCACCACCGUUCAUGGUGUUUUGCGACCCGUACGCGAAGGUCGCCAACGCUACUGCAAAGUACAGGAAUCAACCGCCAGUCGCACCGAACGCUGCCGCUGUUUUUCAGCAGCAACUCUACAGUUUACCUUUUCAUGGUGUUGCUGGGGUUCCCGCCCCUAUGCGUGAAGAAGAGGACGCUGAUGGGUCUUUUGAGGUUCACGACAGCUGCCUCAAGGCACCUAUUACUGUAGGGCGUCGAGUUGUAAUCCCCACUACCGGAAGCCGUGGCCUUUUCAACUGUGCGCAGCUUCCAAGUAAUGGAAACAGUGGUGGUAACUGCAAUAACAACUCCAAUAGUAACGGGAAUGGUGGGAAAAGUUUCGCGCGAAUUUGUGACGCCCAUCCCGAGGGAAGGUGUAUUUCAGGUGAACAGUGCCCUGACAUUCAUGUGCAGGCCGAGUACCUAACUGCUCAGCGACAGGAGAUGAUAUUCUGGCUUGAAAGUAAGGAACGUGAGUUCCAGAACACACUGCGUGCGGAUCCGACCAAGAUGUUCCGUGUGUUCUGUGCGGACCUUAAAGAGGCCGUGGAAGUCCCGAUUAGCGCGUUGCAAUUCACUAAAGGUCUAUACGUGGAUCCGUCGGUUCGGGCUCGCCGGGCGCGUGCGGGUCAUCAGAACCAGUUCGCGAUGUUAGCCUCGCAGUUACCAACUGCCUGCGGAUUGUUUCUUAGCAACCCUUCGCAGUGCAGGUGGGCCCGUUGGUGUAACCAAAUUCAUGUCGACUUCACGUGGAUGCAGACGAAGAAGAAAGAGUUUGAGUCGUGGUUCAACGAACUGGAGGGACGCUUCAAUGCACUUCCCGAUGACUACGAGUUUCAUGUGCACGACCCACAGCUUAAAAUGGGUUUAAGAAUUCCGAAAGCAAGCAUUGCUGUCUUUUCUCGUGGUCUCUUUCAGGGAUCGCCGAAGAAGGCGCCGAGUGUCUGCAUGCUCUUUCAACGGGACCGGUGCACAGCAAAUGUGUGCUGCAAUCAAAUUCAUGUGAUACCGCGGUACUUAGCUUUGCAUCGACUUUUGAUACAAAAAGGGGACAGCAUUACUGAAGAGGAGCGCGGGAACAUUAUGAAUCAAAUGAAGGAGAUACUGGAGUCGCAGAAGCGGAGCAUGCAGGUUGCGGACGAUGGUGACGCCAACUUUCUCGCAAGGGAGCUAAAUCCUCAGGCCGUACCGUACGUCCCACCGCAGCCAACAAGUGUGUGGCGCACGGGGGGCUCUGCGGGUAGCAGCAGUCCACCACGGACAGCAGCGGCUCCCAUUCCUGUUCCCGAGCCCCUUCCAACAUUCCGCCAACCACCGCAGUGGAACGAACACUCACCUUCAGCUGCUGUGGAUGGCUCUCCGUACGCUUCCCCUCACCGACGCGUUGAAAGGUGUGGUAGCAGCGGCACGCGGGACUUGCACACCUGUUCCAAUCCACUGGAAGAUUUGAUUGAGUUCGUGGAUGGGGACAAGUCGCGUACGUCUCUUCUCGCAAGUCAGAGUACAACGAGUCAGGCUAGUCGCAGUUGCAAGCACACCAAUAACCCUUAUGCGUUUGGUGCGAGCUAUAAAUGUACCGCAUCACCCACUUUUGGAUGGGUCCAACCUGUUUACAGUGCAGCAAAUAGCGGCUCGACACAUCCAGCGAACCGCUCGUGGGGAAGUGGCAGCGUUACAGGCGGGUGUCAACCCAUUCGAGUGCGUGUAGGAGGUGGUGGAAUUAUGGAACAUGAACCGUUGGAGCCCUUUUCUUUGGAUCAACACGAUAUGGGUGCCAGUCCCUUUGAAUGUCGCUCACCAGCGCACCGGACGUUGGGAUCAAGAACUAUAGAAGACCGCCUCAGUUCUUCGCCAACGUGGAGUGCCACGCAGAAACAGAGAUGA